GUUUUCACAGAAUAAGAUGGAUGGUAGCUUUGAUUGUGAUUGUGGUGAGCUGGAGCCACCUGAUCAUUAACUAACAGCAUCUUUGGUACCUUGCUGCCUCUUCCUCUUAGCGAACUAGACUGUAAAACAGAGACGGGGAAAACCAUCCACCCUAGAAUGAAGCUGCUCAGGACCAGUCCAACACUGAAUGUAUCUGCACUGUGAGGAGGAUGUUAACGCAAGCCUAUUACAUGCCUAUUUAUUCACAUUUUUGUUAAGCGUCAAUCAGUUUGGCACAGUAGAGUGAAGGGCGCCCCAAGAUGCCACUUCGUUCCGUUUGAUUUUCCCCUGGUGUUUUCUUUCCGUGUCUGUUGGAUGUGUGCUGCACCUUUCUUUGAACUAUGAAUGCUGCAACCUCUUUCUCUGUGUCUCUCCUCGCUGCCGUGAUCUGUAAAGAGUCUUAAGUGCUUAUCCCGAAAGCGAGGAAACACCAGGCCUGGCUGGCUGACCAUGCAAUGAGAGCACCAAGAAGCUACCCAGCAGUCAAACCGGAGUUCUCCUCUCCUAAGAGACCCUCCCAGUCUACCAGUGGAAGCUUCUCUUCUCUCUAUUCAUAGAAGCGGGAGUAGUUUUUAAGAGGGAGGAAACCGGAUAUAGAAAAUUCUUUUUAGAGGGGGAAAAAAAAAAUGGCAGAGAAGUUUGAAAGUCUGAUGAACAUUCAUGGCUUCGAUGUAGGUUCUCGGUAUAUGGACUUAAAACCUCUGGGCUCUGGUGGCAAUGGCUUGGUUUUUUCCGCUGUCGAUAACGAUUGCGACAAGCGAGUGGCUGUCAAGAAGAUCAUGCUUUCUGACCCUCAGAGCGUCAAGCACGCCCUGCGUGAGAUCAAGAUUAUCCGGAGACUCGACCACGACAACAUUGUCAAAGUUUUUGAAAUCCUUGGCCCCAACGGGAGCCAGCUGACGGAUGACGUCGGCUCUCUGACAGAACUGAACUGUGUUUACAUUGUCCAGGAGUACAUGGAGACCGACCUGGCGAACCUGGUGGAGCAGGGGCCCUUACUGGAAGAACACGCCAGGCUCUUCAUGUACCAGCUGCUACGCGGUCUCAAAUACAUUCACUCGGCCAACGUCCUGCACAGAGAUCUCAAACCAGCAAACCUGUUUAUUAAUACUGAAGAUUUGGUGCUGAAAAUCGGGGACUUUGGCCUGGCACGGAUCAUGGACCCUCAUUAUUCUCAUAAGGGCCAUCUUUCUGAAGGACUAGUAACUAAAUGGUACAGAUCACCUCGCCUCUUGCUGUCGCCCAACAACUACACGAAAGCCAUUGAUAUGUGGGCUGCAGGUUGCAUCUUUGCUGAAAUGCUGACAGGCAAAACUCUCUUCGCAGGUGCCCAUGAACUUGAACAGAUGCAGCUGAUUUUGGAAUCUAUUCCCGUUGUACAUGAGGAAGACCGUCAGGAACUUCUUAAUGUAAUCCCAGUUUACAUUAAAAACGACAUGACUGAGCCACACAAACCUUUAACUCAGUUACUCCCAGGCGUCAGCCCUGAAGCUUUGGACUUCCUGGAACAAAUACUGACCUUCAGUCCCAUGGACCGAUUGACAGCGGAAGAAGCCUUGUCUCACCCUUACAUGAGUAUUUAUUCCUUCCCAACCGAUGAGCCCAUUUCAAGUCAUCCUUUCCACAUUGAGGAUGAAGUGGAUGAUAUUCUGUUGAUGGAUGAAAGUCACAGCCACAUCUAUAACUGGGAAAGGUAUCACGAGAGCCAGUUCUCAGACCACGAAUGGCCCGUCCACAACAACUUCGAAGCCGAUGAAGUCCAGCGAGACCCCAGGGCCCUUUCGGAUGGGACCGACGAGGAGGAAGUUCAGGUGGACCCGCGGAAAUAUUUGGACGGCGAUCGCGAGAAGUAUCUCGAAGACCCGGCUUUUGAUACCCACUUCUCCACCGAGCCUUGUUGGCCGUACCCAGAUCACCACGAAAACAAGUAUUGUGAUCUGGAAUGUAACCAUACCUGUAAUUACAAAACGAGGUCCUCGUCCUACCUAGAUAAUUUAGUCUGGAGAGAAAGCGAAGUGAACCAUUACUAUGAGCCCAAGCUUAUCAUAGACCUUUCUAACUGGAAGGAGCAGAGCAAAGAGAAGUCAGAUAAGAAAGGCAAGUCCAAGUGCGAAAAGAACGGCUGGGUGAAAGCUCAGAUAGCUCUCAAGGAGGCCUCCCAGCAGCUCGCGGAGAAGGAGAAGAGUCAAGCCUUUGACUUCGACUCCUUCAUAGCGGGAACGAUUCAGCUCAGCUUGCAGCACGAGUCGGCCGCGGUCGACAAGCUGAACGACCUCAAUAGCUCCGUGUCCCACCUAGAACCCAAGGGCAUCUCUAAAUCGGUCAGCAGGGAGAAGCAGGAGAAAGGCAUGGCUAACCUGGCCCAGCUGGAGGCCCUCUACCAAAGCUCGUGGGACAGCCAGCUGGUCAGCCACGGUGGGGAGGAGUGCUUCCUCCUAGACCAGUUCUGUUGCGAGGUCAGGAAGGAUGAGACGAUGGAGAAGGAGAACCCCUCUUACCCCAGUUACCUCGACAGGUUCUUUAGCAGGAAGGAGGAGCCCGAGACCUCAGAAGCUGAGCCAGCCGAAGAUGGGAAGCUUGGGGAGAAAGAGAGAGGGGGGAACUUUCUGAGCAAUAGCGGAGAAUUUCUCUUCAACAAGCACCUUGAAGCGAUAGCUAUCCCCCCGUUUCCCACCCCGGUUGGCUCACCCCUGAAGUCUUUGCAAGCCACCCUUACCCCUUCUGCCAUGAAGUCAUCUCCUCAAAUCCCCCAUAAGACCUACAGCAGCAUCCUGAAACACCUGAACUAAAACAGCAGGCAUUUCUUCCUUCCUUUCUUUUUUUUUUUUGUACUUGCGAAAUGUGUUCCUUUUUUUUUAAUUAUUAUUAUUAUAAGUAGUCUUUUUUUUAUUACUUGAAAUCAAAUGAUGUAACUUGGCUAUGGAUUUCCUUAUAGUUUUUCCUGUUUACCAUUGUUUUUAACGAUCUGAAAUUCCUUUUUUUUUUUAAUUUCCUCUUAACAUGACAGUGUUUUGUUAAAACUGGCAUGUCGUUUGCACACCAAGGGUAUAUUAAAAAGAAAAAGAAAAAAAAAGAGCUUGACAAUGCAAAUUAGAAGAGUAAACGAAAGAAAUGCACUAAAACCAGUAGAAACACUCACUUUUUUGAACAACUCGUCCUUUUGCAGACAAUAACAAUCUUGCCUUGAAAAAAAAAAUCACACCGUGAGACUAUUCAUAGUUGCAUGAGAAAAAUAAUCUAUAUUUUUCCCCCCCCACAAAAAAUCUUCCCCCCCCCCCCCCCAUUCAUAUGUAUUUUAGAAUUUUUCAUACUGUACACAUUUCUUCAACACAUGAUACCAGCAGCAACUGUAAAUGAAUGCAGAAUUUGGUACGCAUGUGUGCUCUACCUCAAAGUAACCGCAGUAUGUGGCAAGCAUUCAACCACCCGUAGUGCUUAUCAUAAUGCACUUCUAUUUAGCCAGCAUUAUUGUAGUAGGUGGUAUUACGAAGAAGAAGAAAAA